AUGGCACUUCAGGCGUCUCGCGUGCAGCUUGGCAGCCGUCCCGCGACCCAGAAGCACGCUGUAGCAUUUAGCAGCAGCCCAGUGCGCCGAGUCGUGACGCGCCAGCAGCGAUUUGCUCCCUGCCGAGCCAUUGAGCUCGACUUCAGCGACCCGGACACGCAACUGAGCGUUGCCGGCGUGGUUCUGGGCCUGCUUCUCGGCAUUGGUGCCCCUGUGUGGUAUGUGAGCCGCACUGAGCGCGACGAGGAGCGCCUGGAGGAGUUGCGCGCCAUGAACCGCGCGACGUUUGAGGAGACCGGCGAGUACAUGACUGACGAGGAGAUUGCAGCCGUCAGGAAGCCCAAGUAA